AUGAAACUUGCCGUAGGAACGAUUCUAGCGCUCUCUUCCGAAGCUGCAUCUGUUGGGCAAGUUUCUAGCAAUGCGGUUUGUAGAGAUCCAGAUACAGGUGUUUUUUAUCAACCUAACGAGGAGUGGGUCAGAAACAAAAUCUUCAACGACGGUCCAACAAAAGGAAUGCAGGGGCAGUUUUCAUGCGUCUGCCAAGCAGAUGGCUCGAUGAGAUGCAGCUCAUUGUCACUUCCCUGUAUUAUCAACGAUAGGGGUUACGAGAUUGGGGAGAAGUUCAAGCUCUACAAUUAUAUGGACAAACACAUGGAUUACGAGUGCGAAUGUUUGGGCACACGAAAAGGUUCAGUGGAUUGUAAGGAGAUCAAUCCAGGUUGCUGGGACGCGCAUACGCAGAACAAAUACCCUUUGAAUACCGAGUUUGAGCAAACACGCACAGACGACAACCUGAUCCGUGAUUGCAAAUGCUCAGGGGAUGAGAAGACGAGGUUUAUUUCUUGCGAACUUAGCCGGUAUUGCAUCUUGAAUGGGGAGUAUUACGAGAAGGGAGAAGAAAUCGUUAUCGAAACAGCAACUCAGAAACAAACUUGCCAAUGCAUCGACGCUGCCAGGACUUCGUGCAUUAUCGAAGCCAAACCGAUUCAAGACGCCGUGGCAACUCAAGAAAUCGAAGUCGACUACGAUUAG